ACGUUUUUUGAUUGCUAUUUUACCGAAUAGAAACAUCACAUAGUAAAAUGACGUCACACGGUGAAGCGCGUAUUAGACGGUUUUGUAUGUUUACAUAUAUGUGCAUGCUACUACGAUGACUAUAACACGCUCAACUUCAUACCAUUCAAUUGAAAUAAAUGAUGCCUUUUCUCGUAUAAUUUUCCGGGGUGUGUCCAAUUAAUGUUUUUUUUUAAUUUCAGUUGCCCACUAUCGUCAUUUUGAUUUGGGGAGAAGUCGAUGUAAAAUUGAUUCUUAAUCUUGCUGAACGACAUUUGUUGGCUGUUAACGAGGUGGUCGGUACAUGCGCUUCUCUUAAAGACGAUCCGGGUUAAAUCUUGGCUCCCCGUGCAUGUGAAUAAGAUGGCGGAAGGUGAUCCAUGGCGUGAUAAGGCGGAGCAUGAAGGUAUCCCACGUAACAGCGGCCUUUACAGUCGUCACUCCAUAGUUCAGUGUGAAAAUGCCUCACUAGAGAUGUGUACUCUGAUGAACUGUCUCGGUUAUGGGCGUCCCAUCAGACAGGCACGGAGAGACGCCUACAGGGAAGGUGAUAGGCUGAUGAAUGCUAUAAGGCCUGGUAUCAUAUCGAUGAUCACUACUGGUAGCAAGGCAGAGGGGCUUACAUGCUUCUAUGAAAGUGACUGUGAUACGAUGUUUGUUGUAGAAGGCAUCAUGUGUUUAGAAAAUGGUGUUGAUUCUGACAAAUUACCAAGGGAGACUACUGUGUUUACAUUAAACACCGGCGUGUGCUACCACGGACACUCUAGGCUUAAUUUACUCAAGCGACGUGGCGACAUUAUUCCAUCAAUAAUCUGUGAUGCUCUGUGUGAAGAUGCAAAUGGGCGUGUCCUCCUGUGCAGUGCUUUAUUUGUUGAUGUUGCUAAUGACAGAACAUUUGGGCCAAACGAGAUUCGCCAUGAACGUGCAGGGCCAUCAAUGCCGAGUUCAUCAGGGCCAUAUCAUACAGACAAUGUAUUUUCUUUACGCUGCCAUUGUCCUGUCAUACUAUCGAGAUGGGCAGAGCGAACUCGCCAUUGGCCACCACCGGAUAUCGUUCGCAAAGUCGUAACUAUGGGAUCAUUUGUGACACCUGUUGGUUUGAAGGGAAGCGAAUAUCAUCAUCUAGAAUGGAGGAUUUGUUUUAAUACUGGGGAGAAUGAACUUAUGAGCAGUCUUAAUAACACCCAGGUCUACAUUUAUGUUUUAUUGAAAAUGGUUGUUAAGGAUGUGUUAAAGCCAGUAAAGAAAGAAAUUACAUCAUACACAGUGAAAAACAUUGUAUUGUGGCUUGCGGAAAACAAUCCACAGGCACAGUUCAAUGAAAGCAGUUUGUUUUAUUGGCUUCGGGAAGGAUUGGAGAAAUUAAGAACGGCAAUAUUAAAGAUCGAACUGCCAUAUUAUAUGAUACCAGAAAGGAAUCUAAUGGCAGCAUGCGGACUGGAUGAAGGACAAAAAUGUACAUGGGUAAAUACUAUCACGGACAUGAUGAACGAAGUUUCAAAUGCAUUACUAAGAUUGCCGAGGAUACGGAAGGCAAUACUAUCGCAUCCAGCGCCACUGCUGUGGUAUAACAAGAAGAGAGUUGAGAUGGAACUUCUGCAGUUGAAGAACUUGGUCAGAGGAAGACAAUGCAUGGAUGAGAAUCUCGAGGUCAAUAUGUCGGAUCCUAUGCUGCAGGCGAUAUGGAGUCGUAUAGCUGAGUUAGUGAUAGAGGUCCGUAAGAGGAUGAAUAGGGAAGGAAGUCGUUUGAAUGAUCUGAUAGAGAUACAUGAUAUGAUGCUUAUAUAAUUGUGUUGUAAAUGCCAGUUAUUCCAUGCAAUGCAUAUUUCCAACAAUGCACUACAGAACGUAGUUAAGUUAGGGCGUCUAAACAUAACAUAUAUAUCGAGGGCUGAACGGAAAACUACAGUAUCUCCUUCUUUAUUUAAUAUGAGUUACAACAGUCUUCCGUUCAGCCCUCGAUAUGUGCUCAUGCGUUGUUUGAUAUUUGGUAAUAUCAAUAGUGUUUAGUUUUCCCUUCGUUAUUCAUUUAAUUGCUCGGACGUGUACUAUUGGAUUGUUAAGUUUUGUUUGUUAACUUAAAAAACGGUCCGUAUACUUAUAAGUGUUAACAGUCAUUACGUACCGAGUAAAUGUAUAAAUCGGUAACUUUAUAAAUUCAUGCUUUAUUUCAGAUCAACUUUGUUAAUAAUAACUAUUAAUUGUCACACAAUCUUAUUUGGAGUGCUCUGAAUUAAUCCAACAAAUGUGCAUAUUUAUAGAAUCUCUGGCAUGCGUUUUUUUGUUGUACGCACAUUUGUUUGAUAUGCGUUUAUAUGUUGUGCUUCUUUUUCCGUUCACAAUAGUCCUUGAUGUAACAGAAAAAUUUGGUUCGUAUGACCGUUUUAACAUUAAGCUAUACAUAUUAAUAUGCACAUGUAAUAUGGAUCGUAAAAUGCAGAUUAUCGAACAUAAA